CCGACAACGCCAUGGAUUCGGCCCCUCUCAGGCCAGAGGCGGGCUGCGAAGCGGCAAAAGCAGCCGCGGCAGGAGGAGCACACGCGCGGCAGUGAGCAUCUCCCUCCGCCAGCCCCCUCUCUCGGCCAGGCCCCGUCCCUCGGAGUCUGCGGCGCGCGUGUGGGCAAGCAGGCGGUCGCUGUACCUCGGCGCCCCACUCUGCGCUCUCGGCGGCAGCACCGCCACCACCAUGUGGGGGAGGCUCCUCUCCGAGCUCGGUCAAAGCAGCGAAUACGCAGCGGGCUCAGAAUAUUCCUCAUCGGGAUGGUUACCUGGUACUGAAUCACUGUGGCAGGCCACUGCAGGUCCAUCAACCAGUCGAAGUACCCAUAUCAGAAGACACAGCAUAGCUUCUGACAGCGGGGACACUGGCAUCGGAACCUCCUGUUCUGAUAGUGUGGAAGAUCAUUCCACCUCAAGUGGCACUUCCUCGUUUAAACCCAGCCGUUCACUGGUCUCAAUUCCUACUGCCCAUGUGAUGCCGUCUAAUGCCACCUCUUCGUUUUCCAAACAUAGGGAGCCUUUCAAGUCUGAUGGUUCAAAGUGGAGUAUGAGCCUUUUGAGGACUGCUGGAAGCAGGCAUCAGGGCAUGCUGGACACUUCUCUUGACAUGAAGGACUUAAGGCCUGUAAGGAAGUGGUCAUCUUUAUCUAAGCUAAGCACACCUGCUACUUGUAGCCAGGAUGGAAGUGUUCACUUGACAGAGUGCAGAACCAGCAUGGAUAAAAUGGGAAGAGAGAGAACUGUGGCGCUGCAGUUAAGAACCAGUGGGACAGGCUGCUUGCACAAUAGUAUGGAACAACUUAAGAUUGAUGACAGAGAAAUGGGGAAAAAAAGAAAUUCCAGCUUGGACUGCAAAUAUAAAUUUGAAAGUUGCAGCAAAGAAGACUUGGGUGUUCCUGAUCCCUCCAACAGGAGACAUGCCUUAGACAUGACCUAUAGUGCCUUACCAGAAAGCAAGCCUGCUACAUCAAACUCUGAGAUUUUUGGACAAGGCUAUAUCACUUUGGGACCACAGGCUGUGAGUGGGGUUCCCAUUCAGCCAUCUGAGAGGACUCAGAGGUGGCUUACAGAACAAUUUCAUACGAACCCUCCAGACUCUAGUAGGCCUUCUGAAGAGCCAUAUAGUUUAUCUUCGUGGCAGUUACAACAGCUUGAAGAACUUAGAACAGGAAGUGACUAUCCCAUGCAGGUUCUGAGUGGAUCAUCUCAUCAAGGUUACCCAGCUGCAGGUUUUCAGGAAUUCAGCAAUUGGGAAUCCCUGAUGAAAAUCAAAGAAGGGUUGUUGAGACAAAAAGAGAUUGUGAUUGAUCGGCAGAACCAGCAAAUUAAUCUUCUAUACCAAAAGAUUCGGGAGAAUGAAUUCCGAGCUCAGCAAGCAAGACUGGGUCACAUUGUGAACUGUGAAGAUUCCUCUUUCAUGAGUAGUUUCCAGCAUCCUCAAUAUGAGAACACGCCAAUGCAGGCUCAGUUUGCAGAGAGAUCUGUGUCCCACAGUGAGAGGGAGGAGCUGGAAAGAAAGCUUGCAUCAGUACAGAGUAAGGAACUACAACUCAGUGAGUUCCUCAAACAAAUGGCAAACAAAUCCAAUGAAGACAAAAAGAAGAUGGAAGAGAAGCUCAAAACCAGAGACAGGUACAUAAGCAGCCUGAAAAAGAAAUGCCAAAAAGAAUCAGAACAAAACAAAGAGAAACAAAGAAGAAUAGAAACACUUGAAAAGUAUUUGGCUGACCUGCCAACCUUGGAUGAUGUUGAAAGUCAAAGCAAACAGUUGCAUAUUCUAGAAGAAAAGAACAAGCAGCUGAAAGCUACAGUAGUCGAGCUAGAGAAGGCACUUGAAGAAUCCAGAACACAGUAUACAGAGAAAGAACUGCAGCUUGUGUGUCAGAAAAAGAAAGAACAAGAAUUAGUAACUUCAGUACAGAGCCUGCAACAGAAAGUAGAAAAAUGCCUAGAAGAUGGUGUACGCCUUCCUAUGUUGGACACAAAACAACUUCAAAGUGAAAAUGAAAGCCUCAAAGAGAAAAAUGAGAGAGCAAACAAGGUCAUAGACAAUCAACAGAAUCAGAUAGCUGAGAUUACUUUAGAGAUUCAGUCUAUGCAAGAGAAACUUUUGCAAGAAAAACUGACAGUUCAGAAGCUGAAAUGUGAACUUGAAGAAAAGGAUAAGAGUAUAAAGCAGUUACAUAAAACUCUUCAUGAAAACCAAAGACUUAUGGAAGAAAAUGCUAUUUUGAGAGAACAGAUUCAUCAAAUGGAACAGUCCAAACAGCCAGUGGCUGAGAAACUGCCUGUGGCUGACGAGUUGUUCAAGGAAAUGUCUCAUUGUUUGUUUGACUUGAAAGCACUUUGCAGUAUUCUUACACACAGAGCUCAGGGCAAGGAGCCUAACCUGUCUUUACUACUGGGAAUCAGAUCAAUGAACUGUUCAGCUGAAGAUGAGGACUUCCACAGCACAGAAAGCCUCUCAAAGAAAUUCUCAGAGGUCUGUCAGCUACGAAAGGAUAUUGAUGAGUUGAGGACUAUAAUAUCAGAUUGUUAUGCUCAGGACAUGGGAGAAAAUUGCAUUACACAGUGAUAAAAGAUUUGUCCUCACAGCGACAGUGACUAAGUUAUUAAAUGCUGCUCCGGUGGUAGUUCCUUGUAUUUCUGUUAUGGAGCCAUACUGGAAGACAUGUUCUUUGUAGCAGGUCAAAGGAUUUCAAAUGGUUGCUCAUGCUGAUGAAGCAGUCAUCAAUUGAAGAAUACGGUACUUGCUGUAAGAGAAAUUUGAUUUCUUCAAAACUACUGAAUGUAGGCCCAAGCUGUGAAGAAUGUGCUACUAUUGAGAUGUAGGAUUUUGUUUCCUCUCUCAUGGCCCAGAAAAAUAACUGUCCUAAUCGUUUUCUGGAGUCAAAACAUACUUCCGGAAGAGAGCACUAAUUGCUGCUGUAUUAUUUCCCCACCUUUAGCAAUUGGGAAAACAAGAUGAGCACUGAGAAUCUUAUCAUGGAAAGUGGUUUAAGUUCCUGACAACCUGUGGGCAUUAAAUUUGUGAACAGUAAUAUGGAUGCUCCUGCAAAGAACUGUGUACUGCAGGCAGACACUGAGAUAGUUUUGGCAUAUCCAGACUAAGUAGCCUAGUUGUUUGCCUUCUCAGUUUGGUAAGAGCUGUUUUUCACAGCAGUUAAUAGUCAAUGAUAUCAGUAUUUUUCUCUUGCACAAAGCAGAAAAGAACUUCCCACAUUUCAGCAUAAGGUCUUCUAAGAAUUAAUCAUCAUUUUAAUAGCCUUUUUGAGAUGUAUUAGAGUUUGAUAAAGAUUGAGAGAUGGAUACAUAAAGACUAGGAAAGUUUUUAAAAAAGAAAUCACACAUCACUAAAGGUGUUGCAACUUGUUAGUCGAUACUUAGUUAUUCUGAAUUUCAAAUGUGUUCAGGGACUCACUCUGACAUCCAUGCAGAUUAAAAACCUAGAAAGAAAUACUUCCUGUCCAUAAGAAAGCAGCAUUUCCUGCUAGAGAUAGGUGCAUAGGAAUGCUCCAGAGCUGACAAAUGGUUGACCGAAAGCCACUUGGCCACCUGGAUGUUAUGCUGAUUUAUUUUGCUGCAUUGAAGCAAAUAUAUCCUCUUUCAAGCCAAGCUUGCUGUCACUUUAUUCUGUGACAAUCAAUUAUAUUCAGAAAUAGAAUACUUUCUUCUAGAAGAGAGUAAGAAAAGAAAAUAAGGUGUAUUUUACUUAUUUUAAUUACAACUAGCCCCAGUGUGUAGAAAACUUGAGACUGGUCUUCAUACCGGUUGUUCAGAGAGAAUACGAAUUUGUACUGAGUGAAUCGUCAUUUUCUGUUUCUUGUAUUAAUCUCUCCAUAAGCCAUUUUUAUAAGACUAUCCACUUUUAUUUUGAUUUUUUUUUCAAACGUCAUAUGAGUUCUCUUUAAAUAUCAUGUGUAUAUUGUAAUUAUUUUUAAAACAAAUGUUGGUCAUUUCUUUUUUCCAAAGUUGUAACAAGCUUUAUUUAUUUAAAUAGGUAUUUCUUGUUAUAAUGUUCUGACUUCUGUCUAUGGCAGUUUAUGUUAACUACUGCUUAGUGUUUUCAAAUGCACAUUUGUAGGUAUUAGAUUGAAUCAACUUUAAGUGUGAAAAAGAGUGUUCUACAAUGUUCAGAACAAAAGAAUGUUCUACAAUACAGUGAACUAAACGUUCCUAAACAGCCAGAACUUUAAAAGACUAAGGCUUCAGUUCUAUGCACAAUCACUAGAAAUAAUGCCAACUUUAAUCCAUGCAUGUCCAGCUGCACAGCACUUAACAUUUAGAAUUGGACUAUAAGUUUAUUCCGGUUUAGCCAAGAACUUGAACAGACCAAAAUAGAUUUUAUAGAUAAACUUUAUUCUAAAAGCAACUAAAAAUUAGAGAAACUUUCACAGCAUACCUUGAUAUUCAGAGAUAAAAGAUCUGCAUUGUUGUAUUAAGCAGCUUUUUCCAUUUACACCUUCAACUUGCUCCUAAACCAAUGUUGUUUAUUAUACUUUGCCAAGAAUUUGGCACUGCAACCACACAGCAGAGUCAAAAAAAGAAUCUUUAUAACAUUUAAAGAUGUAACUAGUGUAUGUAUACAGUACAGUUCUUGGAUAACAAAAUUAAAAGGUUAUUUCAUUUUUACAUUGCUUGCAGAGAAGGGCCUUCAGUUGCUUGGCCAAACAAGACAGGCCUCGGCUUAAUUGCAUGGACCCUUUCCUACAUCUGUCACCUUCAUUGCUUGUGCAAGAUAGCAGAUUUAGAAAACAUUUGGGAGUUAAGACUAUGCUGAAUUUUUAGGGCAAAAGUGGCGGACUGGACAGGAAAAAAUUUCAAGACAUCACUCCACUCACCUACCCUUAGUUUACCUUCUUUCAUUGCUUGUUUACAGAUGUUUCUUUCCUUUUGUUCCCAUUUCAGUUUAGAAUUAAGUUUUUCCUACAACUCAUACAAUUAAGAGACCACACCAAUAACAUCAUGUUGUUACACAGUCAAGCAGGUCAGGCUUACAUCACUAAGCUAAGAAUGGGUAAACAUUCCCUGGUUUUGCAGGGACUCACAAAAAUAUUCCCCAAAGCUCACGAAUUUUGGUUGUUUUAAUCAAAUUUUUGUUCUAUUUCUUUCAUUUAGCAUUUAUCAUUGUAGAAGUAGGAUGUUUUAAUUAAUGCAUGUUUUUUAAAAACUGCAUUUUUGUAGAUCAGUUGUAUGGCUUUGACUGAAUAUUUUGGAGCACUUGACUUUUAAAAGUUGACCACUAGAAACAAGAGAACUGCACUAGUCCUUGGCAGAAUCAAGAAGAAAACAUCCAAAGGUGCUUUAGAAGGUAGCUCUCAUUUAAUCCAAGUUUUACAUUUGCUGCUGUUUGUCAAGGGUAUUGCAAUACAAGAAUACAUGUACAUUAAAAUUAAUUACUUUCAUUAUCAUUAAUUGUUCAAUAUUCAGUAAUAUGUACACGCAAUACAGUAUAACACUACUAGUAUUAUCUAAAUAGACUUCAUAAAAAGUUAUUUCUUUAGGGUUAAUAAUAGAAUAACUAUGCCAUUUUAGAUUGUAUGUAUACAUUCUAUAUUUCUAAAAUGCCUUGAGGACCUUUGGGUGGAAAGGCAGUAUAGAAAUGGGUUAAAAUAUCUAAAUAGAUAAAUUAUAAAUAGUAUACCUGUAAAAGAGCAGUAAGAAAACACAUUGGGCCAUUUUCUAAAAGAAAAAUUAAUCAUCUAGAGCAGUUUGGAUGGUUUCUUCUUAGUUCUUACAUUGUGACUAACCAAAUCAGGCACAUAAUUGCCUGUUCAGCGAGAGAAGGGUGUGCUAUGUUCAGGGCUCCUCUACCCUCAAUAGUUGACUUAUGCUGUCAGAGCCUAAGGUGCCAACCAUCUAUUCGGAGAUCCCCACCUGGUCCCAGUCCAGCAAGGGGGACAGACUGUGAGCACAGGCUCGGAUGUUGGAGGCUGGAAUACAGCAGCAGCAGCUGCUGCACAGACAUACUCAUUUCAAUAGAGAAGGAAGCUUCUGAUUAUUGGUGACUAGUGUUACCUGCCUCCAUUAAAUUAAAGCAAAGGAAGAAGGUGGUAACCAAAGACGGAAGUGACCUGAACAAAAUUAAGCAACCAAUAAAGACACAAGAUUAUUUUUCCUUGGAAUUAAUGUCUUAAAAUAGCAUCUGCUGUUUAAAAAGCAAAAUACCCUAUCAGUUUACAAUGGCCUUUAAAUUGAUUAAAUUUUACAUAAGAUGUAUGUGGGCUUUUCAGAUGUUAAAAAUAUAUGUCUGGUCCCAUUUAAUACAUUUUAUGAAAAAUGGUUAAUGUUUAAAAUGGCAUUACUUAAUAAGCUGAUUUAGUCAUGACAACCUUUUGCCACACUUGUGAAAGACAAUCGCAAGAGCUGGAAAAAUAUUACUGUUGAAAAGACAGUUAUGUCUGAUAGUGAACAUGAAGGUGUAUGUUCUAGUAAUUUUCAUAUUGCAGGAUGCAUUUACAGUCCUGUGCAAAUGACAUGUUUUAAUAACUACUGUAAGUCAAGAAUUUAUUUUGUAAAGCAGCUUUGGAAGUUGUAAUGUUUGCAUAUAACUGAUACAAUUAUUUAUAAAUCAGAUAAAAUGUACAGAGAAGUAUAUAGGUUUCAGUUGUGCAGACUUGAUAUUACAGUCUAAUUAGUUUCUUGGUUACAAUCCUGCAUACAUAGACUUUGAAGUAAGUACUCAAAAUAAGCCCCAACUCAAUAUGACUUUCCAAUUACGUGUAUGUAGGAUUUGGUGUUAAAUUUUUAGCUUUUGAUGUAUAGGUUUAGAAGCACAGUAGAUCUGGUUUUUAUUUAAAUAGGUUGCCACUGUCACCCACUCAGGCUAGAGACUUUUUAAAACCUAGUAACAGAAUUAGCUGCAUGAACCAAAGUUCUUUUUAUCAUCUAUUACUACAAUUUGUGUUAUGAUUUUCACUUUUCUGAGGAAAAUGUAUAUUAAAUAUUUCUUGCCAGAUUCAAGAUUGAGAAAGAAGGGAAAUGCAAAGUAUACAUCAAGUUUCUUUUGUCUAAUAUCCAAGCUGAGGCUCAGAUAACUCAAUCACAGAACACCAUAUUUGUCAUUCGAUAAUGCCUCUGUAAAUUUGUUUAUAUAUUUCAUUUUAUAGGUUUGACACAAUAUUUUGGAUAUGGAUUAACUUCAUUUUAAAGUGAAGAAAAAAUAUUACUUUGUGAAAAUACAGUGGAUAUUAAAAAUUGGGUGAUGGAAUCAAUACAUCAGGAGCCCCUUUAGCAAUAUUAAUACCACUGUUGUAUACCCUCUGUGCCUUUCAUUUUGCUUUAACACUAUAAUAAUAAUCUCGCUUUAAAAAAAAAAAAACUUGGAAGUAUCAAGUAGUUGCACUUUGUUUCCUCUGCUUAGGGAUUUUUAAGUUAGGCUUGCAAGAAACAACUUUCAUAAAGAGAAAUAUUUUGUAAAAUCUGUGGGUCAACCUUUGAAAAGGCAGUCUGAUGUUUAAUAACCAGUUUUUUCUGUAUAUGGUAACGUACAGGAAAUUCAAUCAGAAUGUAUUAAUUCUGUAUAUAUUAGCUAUAGUUUAUCCUUGAUAAUCAGUGGGAGAAAACAAGGGAUAAUCUUUAAAAGCACAGCCAAUGUGUCCUGGAUCAGUCUCUUUAGACUGGUAGUUUUUCAAAAUGGGGUUCCGUCUUGAACCACUCAGAAUACCUCAUGUGUAAAUAGAGUUGUCAUGACUUAAUCUAAAUGCAUUCAGUAUUAUUAUUAUUAUUAUUAUUAUUUUUAAAAGAGCCACUGGCUGGCUAGCCUCUUCAGGCCUGUCAUUCUUGCCUCUUUUUGUAACUUUUUUUAAAAAGUAGAGUUUACAGCUAGAAUUUUGAAUGCCAAAGUUCUAUUUAUUAAAUAAUAAAGUUUUCAUUGUUAAUUACUGGUAUUUUUCCACUCAAUUGUUUGUUUGAUGUUUGAGUUUUGUAUCUACA